AUGGCGGGAGUAGGUGCCUGGCAGCCCAGGCCCUCCACAAGGGGGCAGGAGGCGGUAGGAGGCCUUGGAAUCAGCAUCUGGAUGCCAGUCAGCCUGUGCCAAAGGGCCCUGCUGCGUGACGGCCUCAGCUUGGCCAUCGACACGGCCGGCUGGGGUCAAGAUGCCCACCGCCGCCACCCGGUGAGAAGGGGUCCACAGCCCUGGCGUGAAGCUCCUCCCAGCAGCCCGGCAUCUGCCCCGACUGCCCAGGAGGCCCCUCAGCCUGCCGCCGGCCCCAGACCUCCCCGCUGCGGCGUGCCUGACCCGCUGGAUGGGCCGAGUGCCCACAACCGACAAAAGCGGUUCGUGCUGUCGGGCGGGCGCUGGGAAAAGACGGACCUCACCUACAGGAUCCUCCGGUUCCCAUGGCAGCUGGUGCGGGAACAGGUGCGGCAGACGGUGGCAGAGGCCCUACAGGUAUGGAGUGAUGUGACGCCACUCACCUUUACCGAGGUGCACGAGGGCCACGCUGACAUCAUGAUCGACUUCACCAGGUACUGGCAUGGGGACAACCUGCCAUUUGAUGGACCUGGGGGCAUCCUGGCCCACGCCUUCUUCCCCAAGACCCACCGAGAAGGGGAUGUCCACUUCGACUAUGACGAGACCUGGACAAUCGGGGACAACCAGGGCACAGACCUCCUGCAGGUGGCAGCCCAUGAAUUUGGCCAUGUGCUCGGGCUGCAGCACACGACAGCUGCUAAGGCCCUCAUGUCCCCUUUCUACACCUUCCGAUACCCGCUGAGCCUCAGCCCGGAUGACCGCAGGGGCAUCCAGCACCUCUACGGCCGGCCUCGACUAGCCCCCACCUCUAGGCCCCCAGACCUGGGCCCCGGGGCCGGGGUGGACACCAACGAGAUUGCACCACUGGAGCCAGAUGCCCCACCAGAUGCCUGCCAGGUCUCCUUUGAUGCGGUCGCCACCAUCCGCGGCGAACUCUUCUUCUUCAAGGCAGGCUUUGUAUGGCGGCUGCGCGGGGGCCAGCUGCAGCCCGGCUACCCUGCGCUGGCCUCGCGCCACUGGCAGGGGCUGCCCACCUCCGUGGAUGCAGCCUUCGAGGAUGCCCAGGGCCACAUCUGGUUCUUCCAAGGAGCUCAAUACUGGGUAUACGAUGGUGAGAAGCCAGUCCUGGGCCCCGCGCCCCUCUCUGAGCUGGGCCUACUGGGGUCCCUGGUCCACGCCGCCCUGGUCUGGGGCCCCGAGAAGAACAAGAUCUACUUCUUCCGAGGCGGAGACUACUGGCGCUUCCACCCCAGCACCCGCCGUGUGGACAGCCCUGUGCCCCGCCGGGCCACCGACUGGCGAGGGGUGCCCUCUGAGAUCGACGCUGCCUUCCAGGAUGCUGACGGCUAUGCCUACUUCCUGCGCGGCCGCCUCUACUGGAAGUUUGACCCUGUGAAGGUGAAGGCCCUGGAGGGCUUCCCCCGCCUCGUGGGCCCCGACUUCUUUGGGUGUACCGAGCCUGCCAAUACUUUCCGCUAACCAUGGCUUGGAUGUCCUCAGGGCCCCUAACCCCUGCCAGGACACUGACAUCGGCUGGAGACGCUGGCCAUCUUUGUGGCUGUGGGCACUUGGUGCGGCACGGAGCCGUGCCUACUCGGGGGUGGGGGGGGAGGCGGGCACUGCCAUCAGGACUGCAGGAAGGGCCGCGCGGGUCGUGGCCACUGCCAGUGACUGCCUCAGACUGGGCAGGGAGGCUCCGGCAUUAAGGGUGAGGGUGGCCUCAGGCCAGUUCCACCCAACCUGUGCUGGUCACAGUCAAACCCAGCUGCCUUGGGUCUCUGUCCCCAUUCUUCAGAGUAGCACCUCAGCAGGGCUGGGGGAGUUGGAGCCCUCACUGUCCUGGCUGUGGGGUAACACAGGGUGCUGGCAUGUGGGUCCCAGGGCACUGUGCCUUCUGUCUUUUCCUGAGAAGUCAGCUCUGGUAGGUGCUUGGAACUGGCUGCCUUCCAGUUGGUGGUUCUGGAGACCUGUUCCCCAGGAUCCAGGGCACAAGGGCCAGGCAGCUGGGGAGGGGGGUGCUUCCUGCCAGAGACCCUGGGACCUGGAGGCCCCAACAUACCUCAAUCCUAUCACGGGUCAGAUCCUCUCCAGCCCUCACCCCACACCAAG